AUGCUAGAGACAGGCUCUCCUCUCUCCUCAAUCCUCCUCCUCCUCCUCCUCCUCCUUCCCACGAUCACAGCUCAAGACAGACUAGUAGACACCCUCGCUGAUACCUUCGAGGGAGCAGCCAAGGCAGUCUCGGCUGCAGUUGGUGUCGUCUCCCCAACCCAGCCCGUGAGCGGCACCAAGGACGAGGACAAAGAGGCUGAAGCGGACUACUACAACGAGGUAGAUUCAGCCAAGAUGCCUCCUCCUUCCUCCUCUUCUCGGACCUCUUCUGGACCCACACCGAAGGAUCCUGCUAGAAGAGACGAUGGGAGGGCUAGCUCCAGGUCUCGGCAACAACAAACACAACAACAGCAAGCUGCCGCCUCUACUUCCAGCAGAGGGGCAGCAGGCGCUGGACCCUCGACCGAGGCGGCUCGGGCAGCCUCGAAUGAUCGAGAGAGAGAUCGGGAGAGGCAGAGGGAGGCUGCUAGGCUGGCAGAGAAGGAGAAUUGGGACAAGACAAGAGGAGCUGGGAGUAGUGUCAUGAACUUGCUCGAUACGCCGGGCAACUUGAAUGGCCAGCGGAAGUGGACUGUGGAGGAUGUACUGCCUCUGCUCGAAGAGGUUGAGGGGAAGACAUAUGAGCCCGUGGAAGCUCCGUCACCUGAUGUCCUUCUUUCCAGAGGAAUAGCAGACUAUACCAUCCUGCCCAAAGUCUUGGGCAGAGGCAAAUUCUCUACGGUCUUCAUGGCUUCUAAGAACGGCGAGCUCUCAGCAGUCAAGCAUACCGCGCUCUUUCCCCACCACCAACUAAUCUCUACCCGUCUACUGCGAGAACCGACUCUACUGGCCGAGCUGCCUCCUCAUCCCAACUUGGUGGAAGUCAAGGAGACGAUCAGGACGCCAGGUCACUUCUACCUCGUGGAGGAAUUUCUCGGCGGAUACGUCACAUUGGAAGCGCUUCUGGGAAAGUACGGGAGGCAAAGAGGAGAAGCCAUAGUCCUGCCUUUGCAGAUUGCGGAUACAAUCCUCUCCCAACUUCUCUCAGCGGUUCGAGCGAUUCAUUUCCCACUCCAGAUUUGUCAUCGAGACAUCAAGCCCGAGAAUAUUCUCGUUCACGAAGAGACGCUUCAAUUGAAGCUGCUCGACUUUGGCCUGGCGACUCACUACUCCAAGAGCGAGCCCAAGCUCACUACUUGCUGUGGAAGCCCGGCCUUUCAUUGUCCCGAGAUUGUCAAGGCCCUCGCGAGUCCGCCUGGCACCGUAUGCUAUUGGGGACCCGAGGUGGACGCUUGGACUUGUGGUGUAACGAUGCUUCGCUGCAUGACCGGGGCCAAGUACCCCUUGGGCAGCAGUCAUUCCAGUCUUCGCAGUAUGGCCAUUAGAGCACAACGGGCAGUAGCCCAGAUACCCCUCUCUGAUGAGCCAGGUGGCGACGAGACACUCGGUCGUUCCAUUCGAGACAAGAUUGCAAAGCUCAUGGAGAUGGACUCGGUGAAACGUAUCAAGAAUUUUGAAGAGUUGGCACAGGAGCUCAAUACUGUAGCGGAAAGUCAACGCGGGGCAAAGGACUUCAAGAGCACGUCCUUUGUCCCAACGGAGCCCAGUCACAAGAUGGAUCUGCCCCUCUUGUCUGCUGAGGCUACUAAGCGCUUGGCAGCACCGCCCUCCAAUGGCUCAGCUCAGGGCCCUGGCAGCUUCCCCUUUGGCAACAGCGCGGAGACCACCCCAGGAACCAGUCAGAGGGGCACGCCUGCCAACUCUCGUCCUUCCAGUCCAGGGCCGACUCCUAGCUCUAGCGAAUCGAAGCUCAAUCUACCACCGCCUCCACCGCGGUUGAUCCUGAUGAACCCUUCAAUGCAGCCGGCGCAGAGGGUUCUGUCGUACAUCAAGUACUGCCUUCGAUGUGCUGGAAUCCUCUACCAUUCGUGGCCAGACUCUCAGACGACGGCCCUCGACAAUUGGUCUGCAGCCCUAGGCAUGUCCCGGCCUGCUUCAAACGAUGGCGCCUGGUCUCCAACCACUCCCCUCUUCCCUUCCAUGGCUGAUCGUUCGGAUGGCUGGAGUCAUGUACAGGUCUUCCAGUGUGUCAUCGAGUUCAAGGAGGAGGAGCCAGAGGAGAAGAAUGAGGAAGGACAAGGGGUCGGCAUGGGUCUCGUACAGAGCAUCAUGGCGGCUUUCGGACGACGGCCUACCAGUGCUGGGAAGCGGUCCUACAGCCAGCCAGCAGUAUCUCCAUCGAGGGGGACGCGGACACCAACGCGAGCGGCCACCCCGUCGGGCACUGCAACGCCUGCGUCUAAGUCGUCUUCCAAGAAUGGUCCACCGCGCUACCUCACUUUUUACAUGGUUGUGCGCUUCCCCAAGGGUGGGCGAGCCUACUCGCGACCGGCGUACUCUCGGCAAAGUACAUGGGGCGGGAAGAGGACCAGGACUGUCUCCUCUUCUGCCCCGCUGGUCAAUGAGUUGCCAACUGCUGAAGAAGGAGAGACGACUCUCACAUUCACGCCUACCAAGACGGCAAGUUCGUCGAACGGGACCAAUUCUCCUGGCUUGACGCAGGCAGAGCUUGCUCAGAUGCAGAUGUCCAGGCGUUCUCCAGAUCAUCAUCGCACAAGCGGCGACGAGAGGCACGGCAGCAGCAAUGUCCUCUACAACUACCGGUCAGGCAACAGCAGCAACGUCUCUCUUCCAGCCUCGCCUGCCAUUGGUGGACCAGUUGGCCUGACGGUAGAAACAAAGGUCGAUCUACCACGUGUUGGCAGCUCCACGAGUCUUUCUGCUCGCUCUGCGACCCCCAAUAGGGCUCGCAAGAAUUCCAAACCGCAGAAGCCGUAUCGUAACAAGGUGUACCUGGAUCUGUCGGACGAGAGGGCGCUGGAAGUAGUGCGAAAGGCAUUGGCUGUAGGAGGUACAGUCGACGAUUCGCCAAAGGACGAUGUCUCUCAGUCAUUGGUCGUUAGAGGAAGGGCGGGCGUGGAUGCUGCGCCUCUGUUUGAGAAGAGCGAGCCUGGUACCCCCAACACUCGCGAUCAAAAGACGGCUUCCUCGAGUCGAAGUAGGGAUGGCAGAGCUUUGAGCUAUCAAGGUCCGCGUGGAGGCAGGUCUUCAGGUCCCGUCGGAGCCAGUACGAUGAGGGCAGUGACCAACUCGGACGAACUCGAUUCGCCGCGGUCUCGAAGCACCGAGAAGAGGGUCUCCCCCACUGGAGGGUCCACAGGCAGUGGUACUCCUCGGGCUGGAAGAUCUGCCGGGCCGCCUGUCAACCGGAGCAGGACACCGUCUGCUGUCGAAUCGCUGCUAGAGAAGCUCCCUGAUCCGCCAAAGGUUGCGCAGAAGGACGCUGAAGAGCAGCAGACUAGGGGUCGAGGUCUCGUCAGGACAGGAGGGGCUCCAUUGGGCAUGCCUACACCUUCUGGCGCAUCGGAGUAUGUAGCAUCAGCCAAACAGGCACCAUCGCUGCUCUCGUCGGAAGCAGUAAAGGAAGAAGCUGUGGCGGAGGAUAAUUUGCCCCAGCUCAUUGAGGAUCUGCAGGCAGCUCUAGGCAGUCUCUGUGGACCUGCGGCCGCCAUCGAGGGGCUCUCGUCGACAAUGUCCCCCCGCGUUCGCACGACUGAUCUGAAUGGCUCGCGUCAGCAAGUUCGGACCCUCUUGCAAGACGUCCAUCAUCGUUUCACAGACGAAUCGGCUUCCUCUGCUUCUCCCACACGGCUGGAGGAGACAAUCUCCAGGAAUCUCUUCCCCCUCGUGGCUGCCCUGUCUCCUGCUACGGGCCUAGUGGCCACAGAGUCGCUUGGUCUUCCCGAGGUGGGCGUUGCUGUAGAGCGGCAGUCUACCCUCAGAGGUCUGGCGAAGAGCUGUCUUGGAGUAGUUGCCCGCGUUGGCAGUCCGAGGGAGAUCUUGAUGGCAGUUCAGGAGAGAUUGGAAGCUCUACUUCGAGAGGGUCAACGUGACAGCAUGGAAGGUACUUCAUCGUCACGUCUGGACAAGGAGUUGGAAGAUAUCCCUGGCGAAGCGCUUCCGACACUCAAUGGCUCGAUUGGAACUGCAUCUGCUACGGCUCCCGAGUGGCUCGGCGCACUCGAGGUUGCGGGUUUGAUCACUGUUCUUACCGAAAGCUUGCCGAGGCUCAAGACGAACAAGGUGGACAUGUUCCUCUCCCCACUGGCUCGCCUGCUUCCAGAAGCCGCACGAGUCCUGGUCAAGAGAGUUCCUGGGGCCGUCUCGCAAGAUGCUCUGCAGGCCAACAAGACUUCACGCCCACAAGUCGCCGUGCAGGUCGUGCAAGCCCUGAUGGACUUCAUUCAUGUAGCUCUGCAGUGGGUUCGUGCCCGAGAAGGUGCUGGAGAGGAUGACACUCCUGAGGAAUUGGUGGCCAUCCUGCUCGUAUCCUUCGCCUCGCUGGCCUCUUCUCUACCGCCCAUUUCAGAGAGUGCGGAUUCGCACAAAUCUCUCUCGGAGCAAUACUUCUUGCAAAAGAAUCCACGGUAUCGUCUCGACGGUCCGUCUUCCACGUCGCAAGCUCCAACAGCGCAUUCUUCUCCUGCUCCAACGCCGAGAGAAGCUACUCAGAGCCCAGUGUCUCACACGAUCAAUCACAGCCAUGACAUCUGGAUCACGCUGCGCAAGACGUGCGAUGCAUUGCACGUAGACUUGCUGGAGGUGGCCUUUGCAAAGAGGCUACCACGUACGGCUAGUGGAAGAGAGGCCAAUAGCGCAAGAGGCAGCGAUGGUGAAGGCCAGGAAAAUAUUCGGCGACAGGAAGACCAGGCGUCUACCAUGGACGUGACCUCGCAGCUGGGCGCUUUCCUGCUCUACGUCAAGCUCCAGGCACGCGCACGACUCAACAUCGGUACUUCUACCGAGACUACGCAGACUGCAGAAGAGCGUUCUCCCCUCUGGUCACAGAAAGAGGCACUGGGCCUGCUGACCGACUCUCUCGGUCUCCUUGCAGCUGGUCUGGGAGCUAAUCCUCCGACGACUUCCAGCUCGAGCGUAAGUCAAGCCAGUGGAGGCACCGAAGGUCAAUUGCCCGACUGCGCCCUCUUGUACACGAUGUGGUGUCUGGAAUGCGUCUCGCCUGGCGCAGCAGUAGAGGAGAAGGUGCUGCUUCCACUUGUACAGCUCCUCUCUACACAUGCGGCGCUCAGCCCUCUGCCAUCUAGCAGACACAUUGCCUUUACUCUACUGCGCACGCUUCUCCUCGAGCACACGCCCGAUCGGCAGACGCAACUGGACCUCUUCCGAGACUUGAUCGCCGAGAGCCCCUUCCCACAGCUCAAGUCGGCGAGUGUAGCGAUCUUGAGAGAGCUGGUGCAGUCCAGUCGGGAGCGGGAGACUUCAGAGGGUCUGCUGGGAGAGUUGCAGGACCUCGUCUUUGUGGUACCUGCGCCUGUCCCGAUGCCUGAGGGGAAAGGGGCAGAAGGCGCUGAGGGUUCUUCGUCGGAGACUGUGCCAGCCUCGGAAGACCUCUCCAAGGCCAAGACGUACCUCGAGGAGCAAGGCCCCUGGCUGAUUGAAGGGCUCAAUCUCCUCUACCUCGUCCUCUCCCGAAGCCAGAGCCAGAGUCAGGCCCACAAGGUCGAGGAAGCCUCUUCAGUCGAGGCGACUUCAUCCUCGACGCUGCGUCUGCCAAGCGUCCAGACAGACUUUCUCGAGCCGAUUCGGACGUUCCUCCAUGCCUGGCACACGUCCGAAGAAGUAGCAGAAACAGCGACAGGAUCCGCAUCAGGACCGGCCGCUGUUCUGGGGGGGCAAUCCACCGCCAGUCCUGCCCAGACUGGUCUGGAGGUUCGGUCCGAAUCAGGUCCUGGGUCGGCUUCCGGCUCUGAACUCGUGGCUUCGCCCGCACCACCACCAUCAGGAGCAGCAGGAGCAGCAGCAGUAGCAGCUUCGACGGGUCUGCCACGCGUAUCCACUUCUUCCUCGUCGUCCAUGGGCCACUCUGCUUCGCACUCCUACUCACACUCGCAGUCUCACUCGCAUUCGCAUUCGCAUGCAGGAUCACAGAGUGGACGCUCCAUUCGUGCGACACUGGAUAUGCAUAUGGAGCUGCUGCAGGUCGCACUGAGUAGAGUGGAGGAGGUUUGGCCUGCGCCUGCGCCUAUGGUUGUGACAUCUGCGAAUGAGGCAGUGGAGUCGUAGCUCUCAUGGUGGGCCCAGCCAUUGCAUCCCUUUACUCCUCGCCCUUCCCUUCUCCCUACCUCUUCCGGCAUUCGAUUUCUCCAGUCUUGACUCGCUUCACUCUAGUGUCUUCUCACUCAAUUCACUUCACUUCACUUCACUUCACUUCAUCGCACAUUCGCACUUCACAUCAUAUCAUGUCAUGUCGUAUCAGGUUCCCCUUACUCUGUCUGUCUCUCAUACGCGCUCCUAACGAAUGCAACUAGAUUCAAAUACGCCC